AUGAGUUCAUCAUCAAAUUCUAGCGUCACCGUGAAAGCGGUUUAUCUUAUCGGUGAUCAUCACCAGAAACAAGUCUUUACCACAGACAGAAACAGACUUCUGUCUAAAAAGCAAAUCAUCAGGGAGUUGAGAUCGAAACACACCGAUAGACAGAUUGUCCAAUUACUGGACUCCUCGCCGCUCGAAGGUAUCCAGCUUACCCGCAAAAGCAAGCGAUCCUCAUCGUAUGUCCCACUUGUUUCCGCUGAGGAUUUUGCAAAUCUGAAACGCAGCUUAACAGUGAAGAAUAAUUUGAAGUUGCACGUUACAUUUGUUCCUGUCCAGCAGGACACUCAAAUCACGGACUACACCAAGGAGGUUCAGAAGUUUCUCAAAAGAAUUGAGGAUCUUUUCAGUAGCAACGAGAAUGUCAAUCUUAAGAGUUUGAGCAGCUCCAUCUCCGAUAAUUUGACCAACUCGGACUUUAUCAAGGCGUUCAGCAAUCUGAUCGAUGUCAAUCUGUCCAAGAUCGUGGUCAAGAUGGAGGGCACUUCAGAGACUGCGCCGGAACCAGAAAUGGUGGUGCACAAAAAUGUCCAUUGUGAUGGUUGCAACAAGCAGAUCGAGGGAGUCAGAUACAAAUGUUUGGAAUGCCACGACUUUGAUUUCUGCUCACAAUGCGAAGAGAACAACGCCGAGGCGGUUAGCAACCACUUACCGGACCACCAGAUGCUCAAGAUCAAGAAGGCAGAAAGACCGAAAUUGGGCGCUCGCAACAUAGUGGUGGGAUACGUUACCCCUUCUUCUGACGAGUUUGAGCCUUCUGUCCCGGAGGUGACUGUCGAGUCUGCACAAGUGUACGAUAAAGAUGUUUCAGACCGUCUGCUCGAGUUGGGAGCCAAUAAUGGCGAGAAACUCAAUGCGUUUUCUAAACAAUGCGCUCAAGCCGAGUUUUUGCUGAAGUUAUUCGAGCAACCUCAGAAGAAUUUCAGCACAUUCACCAGAAAGCUAGCCGAUGUGUACAAUGGUCAGCUGGAAGAAGGCUCGGUCCACGCAUCAUGUUUUAUCUUGGAUUCGCGUGUUUUAUUUUUGGGGGUUACUAAUCGUCUUCACCGCGACCUGUCAAAGCCGGUGGUGAAGCUUUCGAUUGACGGCAUCACCAACGACCUCGAUCUACCAGAAUUGAUGGAGCAAAAUAGGACGGUUUGGGUGUUUGCGCAUCUGGACGACUGGAAGCUCGACACUAUUUCCGCGGAGUCGGUUCUCAAGGGCGAACAUGUCAUAAACACCGAGCUUCGGGAAGACGCCACGGAGGUCAGCAACGGAGUUUUCGAGUUUGUGGAUGGAAUCGGCUCGUGUGUGCUGCAGAUUCCAGAUUCUGGUGCCGAGUCGCAAAUGGAGGUUGACCAACCGGAAAAGGACCAGGAGCAAGACUCCGAGUUUGUUGUUGUUGGCGAAGAAGAGUACGACCUGACCGGAUCCGACGGCGAGCGCUCGUUAUUUGACGAUUACGACAUCCUGUCUCCUGCCGAGUGUGAGGAUUAA